AUGGCUUUCAGGUCACUGAAUUACUGGAAAUCCAUUGUCAGUCGUUUAAGAGGAAACUCUCCUUUUGCCACGUCGACAUCACAGACAAAGGAGGCCUAUGCCCCUGCGGGCGAUUCAGGAGUGUAUGAAUACAUCAAGCUGCCAUGGGCGGUGAGGGGAGAUUUUGUGCCGGUGUAUGUGGCGGUGGGGUUGAUAAUGAUGUCGAUGAGUUUCGGGCUUCACAUAGGAAUGCUACAACUGAGGUACGCCCCAGGCGUGUUCGUGAAGAAGUCGAGGAGAGAGACUCUGCCGGAGGUGGUGGAGCCUGAAACUGUGGUGGAUGAAGCUCUCAAAUUCAUCACCAAGUCUUUCUUUCGAAGAGUGGCCCAUGUACAGGAGUUACACCGUCAAUAUGUCAUGACUGAUCCCACCCGUGGAGAUCUCUUUGCCAGGUGA